AUGGGAAAAGGCAAGACAGCCCUGAAUAGAAAGGAAGGUCCGGAUCAGAGGCGGGAUACAAGGAAGAGCAAAGGGAGGACCCAAGGCGUGGCAAUAGCAUUUUCAGGCGCAGUCAGAGUUGGAGAUCCUGCAAAAGUAGCAGGGCAGAAGGCAAGCGACUCGUCAGGCCCUGCUGGUGAUCGGAGGCUUGCUUCUCGUCGAUCUCAUCGCCCUGCGAACUCUGAUGUCGAGAUCAGUCUUCGACGCAGCCGCGACACCAUCGCACUGGAGGCUGAUGCUGAGCCUCGAGAGAGCCACCACGCCGUUCCUUCAUCGAGCGACCACUCAUUUGAGCAUGAACGAUAUGCGCUUGAUGUUGCCAGCUUGCCGAAUCGCGCCCAACCAUGCAUCACAUGUUGUUCCAAGCUCUUUUUCCUGCCUGGACCGGCAAUGGAAUUUCACUUAGAGAUGGCCUCGAGAAGGAGCAGCACAGAGCUCAAUGACGAUCACGGAGUCGGGUAUGAUCCUGACCUCGCCGGAAAUGCAAUCGGUUGCCUGGUGUCAGCGCGCAGGUUAUCAUUAGAUGGGCGGCAGCUGGGGAAGAGUGAAAGCCCAAAGCAGGCUAGUGGUCUAGGCGUGGACGGACUCACGACUCACGAGGUCGUUUCCUUCGCGCACUUGCUGUCAACACGACGCAAGUUGCAGCGCAGCAUCGGUACUGCUGGUGGCUGGGUACAGGAACUGCUGGUGCCAGAGCAACACACAUAUCCCGCCUGUCCACCAUUCUGCACAAUGCAGCCAGAAGCGGUCCUCAGGCACGCACUUUGUCUCGACACGGUCUGCUCUGUGGCUACGCCACGCUUUCGAACAUGCUCCGUUGUGCAUAACAAUCCUCCGUAUCAUAACGCCGCUCGUGACACGAGCUAUCAGGCUGUGGUAUCAGCUACAGGGCUCGCUAAUAAAGUCAUGUCUCAGCUCCAGCCUCAUCCUGUCUGUCCGUGCAACGCUGGCAUUAUUUCUGCAUGCGUUGCCAUGCGAAUGAGCCUGGCGAAUGGCGAUGUUCAUUGCAUCGACGAUCGAGCCCUGAGUUGGAAAGAGGUCUGUGCCUCUGCUUUGACCAGGAUCUUGACAAGGCCCAAGGCCCCAAGAAGAGAAGCUAAUAAUGAUGAGAGCAAGCGAUUCCACCUGGCACCAGCUUUCUGCAACACCUGCAGGCCACUGGUGAUUGAUUCGAUCCAGAGCAUGCCUUCGCACACACAGACGUCCACUCCGCACCGACCUGUCAUUUCGCCAAUCCAAAUUGUCACUCGCCGACGACCGAUUAUCUUGGGUCCCUGGGAAGAGAUCGACCUCGUCCAGGGCUUGGACCAGAGAGAAGGCAGCACAAUUUAA